AUGGUCGAGCGACUCCACCGUCAGCUCAAAGCUUCCAUUAAAUGCUUGGACUCUGACACAUGGGUCCACACACUACCCACUGCACUACUGGGGAUCCGCGCCGCUUUGAAAGAAGAUCUCCAAUCCACCGCUGCUGAGAUGAUAUACGGAGAACCACUCCGUCUUCCUGGCGAGUUCCUGGGUUCGACGUCGACGAUGAACCUGGAUAACUCCGACGAUUUCGUUCGCGACCUGCGCCAGCACUUUCAGGCGCUCCGACCAGUCAGUGGCACCAGGCACGGUGAGCGGAAGAUCUUCGUCUUUAAAGAUCUCGCCACCGCAUCCCACGUCUUCGUAAGGCACGACGCCGUUCGACGUCCGCUCCAGCACCCAUACGAUGGACCGUUCGAGGUGGUUUCUCGAGCCGAAAAGCACUACACCCUCCGAAUUCACGGUACCAACGUCCCGGUCUCGAUCGACAGGCUGAAACCAGCCUACAUCGCGGUCAGCGAAAAUUCACCGGAGGACGCUGUAAAUUCGAACGAGGACGAUGAAGACGAAGGAAUUCUUCUCUUUUUACCAGGCGAGAACUCACCCCCGGCCCAACAACCCAUCCCACCUGCUCCAGCAGAACCAGAGGCAGCAACGCAAGCGCCAGCAGUACGACGACCUUACACGACCAGAUCAGGUCGGCAAGUUCGUUUCCCCGAGCGUUUCCAGGCGGGGAUGUAA